CUCCCGGUUCCGGAUAUAGAAAACCACACUCUUCGCUGCAAAGCUAUUCAGCCCCGCUCAAGAUGCCUACGGUACUGGACAGGGCGAUGCGUUCGAGAGUAAGUUGACCUUUGCCCAUGGAAGGUAUGAUGCUGUUGAUGACUAACGAGACGUGCAGAACGCCUGUCCAAGCCUUCACGGGCCUGGUAACAGGAGUUGCUGUAUGGGCGAUCUGGGGAGGUGACAUGUUCCCCUCAGAGCCCGAUCCCAAAGGUGAUCCCGAGACCUGGAGCAGAGAGGAGAUGCGCAGGUGGCUAGCUGCGGUAGGUCUUGGUCCCGGCGAAGCCUUGAAUACGCAAGCUAACAUGAGAUUCAAGAGAAACCUGUUUCCCCAAGAGUCGGACAGCAGAGAGCAAUUGCUUGAGCGGAUACGGGCGAACAUGAGAAUUUCCAGGCAGUAGAAG